UAAAUUGGCUCAAACUGGCAAUAUGUUACCACCAACUGACAAUAGAUUGGCUCAAACUGACAAUAUGUUACCACCAACUGACAAUAGAUUGGCUCAAACUGGCAAUGUGUUACCACCAACUGACAAUAGAUUGGCUCAAACUGGCAGUAUGUUACCAGCAACUGACAAUAGAUUGGCUCAAACAGGCAAUAUGUUACCACCAACUGACAAUAGAUUACCUUCAACCUGUAAUAUGUUACCGCCUACUGGCAGUUUGUUACCACCAGAAGACCAAAUGUUGCCACCAAAUGGCAAUACUGCACCACACACUAACAAUAUGAUGGCACCACUGGAAGAUCAAGUCCCUUUUAGGCCAAGGUUGAUCCAGGGAUCAUCAACUAACCCAAUACAAGGUUUAACAAGCUUAGUUAAUGAAUGGAACCAGAAGCAUGGUCCAGUGGGCCAAGCUUACAGCCCCAUGUCUCAGCUAAGGCCUUGUCAUGAGCCUCACACAAUUGUUACACCACAGCGACAUGACACACCACAUAGAAAUGACACACCACAUCGACAUGACAUGCCAUAUCCUCAUGACAUACAACAACAACAUGACACCCCACAGAGACAUGACAUAUCACGUCUGCAUGGCACCCUACAGAGACAUGACAUGCCACAUCUGCAUGGCACCCCACAGAGAUAUGACAUGCCACUCAGACAUGCCUUACAACAUCGUCAUGGCACCCCACAGAGACAUGACACGCCACAUCAACAUUUCACCCCACAGAGACAUGACACACAACAUCGACAUGCUUCUGUGUAUCACAGGAAUCACUGCAUGAUCAAUGGAAGGCAAUACACAUCUGUAGAGACAGGGGUCCUGGAUAUGGCUCUGUUACGCGCGGAGACUGGAUACAGGUGUAUACAGUGUGUACCAUGUCGUGAAUACCUAACAGUACACAUGUUUAUGCAUCACACACAUGAUGAUAUGAUAAUGAAGCAUGCAGAUGCAUUCUCCCACACAGAGCUUCUACAGUAUGGUGGCAAUAGACAACAACAGGGGAUGUACAGUCGUAUUGAGAGGGACACUUGGAAUCUCUUCACGGUCUCUUUGAUGUCCCUCACCAGGACUGCUAGUGAAAGGGCUUUGGUGCCCUACCCUAUCAGGGUGGAUGCCUAUGAUACAUUCUAUUGUGAUAAGUACUUUGACAUACUAAGCAAGGCUUACCUUGAUGAUGAUCAACAGGCUGCGGAUGCAACAAGAAUACAGCAAAAUGAGAGCUCAAAUAGUCAACCUGAUGCAGGGACUGGGGAACCAGGCUUCACUGAAUAUCCUGGUAGAGGGAUGACACUCAGGACAACCCCCUCCCCACUAUCUGUACACAUACCACCUCCAUCGAUUGGAUUCGGAAAAGAAGGACCUCAAACUGAUGUGCCUAAACCAUCUGAUCUGUCAGGUACAUUGAGCCCUGGUCCAUUGACAGACCCUCUACCAUUUACUGAUAUAAAUGACAGUAUACUCAAUGUGCAGCCGAUCAAACCAGAUAGUGACAACCUGAUACAUUCAACAAAUACUAGUCAGCUAAGAACUUUAUUACAGACACAUAAAACGAGGUCUUUGACCAUUAAGCAAGAAAAAUGUUUAGAAAAUGACGCAAGCCCCAGUGUAGAUGAUAAUAAGAUUAAGACACAGGAAAAUGUGAAUCCUGACAAUAUACAAGUGUUGGGUCAGUUGUCACCUAUUAAGUGUUGUGGUGCACCACUUUCUCAGCCCUUGAAGACAGAAGAUCUCAAUGACAGCCCCAAGCCUUUAUACAACAACCAAACAUUAAAUCAAGAUUCCUCUAACACUCAAAUUGACUCCAAAGCUAAAUCAAGUGUUACACCUCAAAAUAGCUUGGAUAAUGAAACUAAUAAAACUGUAAAUGACAUAGGAGGAUCCAUUGAUGAACCAAGUGAUGGUGACAGUUUUAUUGGAAUGCAACCGCUGGUGAUGGACAUUUCAGAGACUGAAAUCAACCUAGAUGAUUCAGAUAUUAAUCAAAAUAUUCCAAAGGUUACCCUUAAUGAUUCACUUGUCUCAAACCCACUGGUAAUAGACGUUGAUGAACCUGAGAUUGAUUUAGAUAAUGACUUCGAUAAAAAUCAAUAUGAUUCAAAGAUCUCAAAUCCACAAAGUGCAGUCAUGGAAAAUUCCACUAACGGGGACAAUGGUGAAAUGGAAAAUUCCAAGAACGGGGACAAGGAUGAAAUGGGAAAUUCCACUAACAAGGAUAAAGUGGAAAAUUCCUCUUACAAGGACAAGGAUAACAUGAUAUUUGAUCCUGUUGAUAGUAUUCUCAAAGACACCAUUUGUGACCAGGACUCUUUAAUGACUAUAGAUCCAGUAUGUAAUAAUGUUUCUACCUGCAGAGAUAAGGGAGAUUACAAUGAACACACCAAGGCUGCAGCUCCAAUCUGUAGUAUAGACUCUGUGGUAUCUCUGUCCUUGGAUGUGAACCCUAAAGAAAACCACCCCAAAUCAAGCACACCAGAAAAGAAAAAUAGAACUCACGAUGCAUAUAGUGACAAAGUUACACAUAUUGCAGAUAGACUCACAAGCUCUAUUGACAAUGGGACGUAUGGGUUACAGGAUAAUACACAUAGCCCUACUGACAAGACACAGGAUUCUGAAGGCAUGAUUGCUCAAAACACAAUCACAACUGGAACUGUUUCAUGCCCAAUCACAAAUCAGUCAUUAAGUAACAGUAUUGACAAUACAUCACUUGGCCAAGUAGAGGAGAACCUUGGAAAGCUACCUACAGCAAUUUCACAUUCAUCUGAAAACCAAGGAUCCCAACAAGUUGAGCCUAUUAUUAGCCCCACCCUUGGAAUGCAACAUGAAGGUGAAAAUGAAAGCAGUCAGUAUGAUGAAAGUGCCUUAGAGUUGUUUAUAAGCGCCCAGCAGAACACUGAGAAGAUAGUCAGGAGUAUGAACACCGAACUUGAACAUUGUAAAGCUCAACUUAAACUCUGUCAACAACAGCUAGUGGUUGAACGGAAACGGAACAGACAUCUUGAACAAUUGCUAUUAAAAGAUGGGGGUCUAUCAAGAGAAAGUUCCUGAGACAGUAUACACAAAGUAUUGUUGAUCUAAAAUGAAUAGAAUUCAAAAAUUGGAUUCCCUGUGUAAAGCACUGAUGUGAAUUCAUUAUGGUCUUUGAUGGUAUAAUGUCACAAAUAGAACAUUUCAAAAGAAAUAGUGAGUUUCUUAUUUCACCAAGGCUAAACCACUACAUCUUUUGUCCUAUAUGACAAGUUAAAAGCACAUUUUAUAUGUCACCAUUGCCAAUGCAAGAUACAUAUAUUCUGAGCUUAUUGUGUAAAAUGUACAUAUAGUGUAAACUGGAC